UCAUUGCAGGAAUCGCCUGGUGUAAUUACUACAGGAUCCGGCAACCCCGUUGGCAUUAAGGAUGCCACUCUAACUGUAGGACCAAGGGGUCCGGUUUUAUUGCAGGAUGUCAAGUUUUUGGAUGAAUUGGCUGCUUUCGAUCGUGAGCGCAUACCGGAGCGUGUAGUCCAUUCCAAAGGUGCUGGCGCUUUUGGUUAUUUCGAAGUGACGCAUGAUAUUACAAAAUAUUCCGCAGCAAAGGUGUUCGAAAAGGUACACAAGCGCACACCGGUCGCUAUCCGUUUUUCCACAGUCGGUGGAGAAAGUGGAUCUGCUGACACUGUUCGCGAUCCGCGUGGUUUUGCUGUUAAAUUUUAUACUGACGAUGGUAUCUGGGAUUUGGUGGGCAACAACACUCCAAUUUUUUUCAUUCGCGAUCCGAUUUUGUUCCCUAGUUUCAUCCAUACACAGAAACGCAAUCCUCAAACGCAUUUGAAAGAUCCUGAUAUGUUCUGGGACUUUUUGACUCUUCGCCCGGAAAGUACCCACCAGGUAUCUUUCUUGUUUAGCGAUCGUGGCAUUCCCGACGGUUACCGCCAUAUGAAUGGUUAUGGCUCCCACACCUUUAAGUUAAUCAAUUGCAAAGGCGACCCUGUCUACGCCAAAUUUCACUACAAAACAGAUCAGGGUAUUAAAAAUUUGGAUCCGAAGGUUGCUCAAGAACUUUCGGCAACGGACCCCGACUACAGCAUUCGAGAUCUUUACAAUGCCAUUAAAAAUGGCAACUACCCAAGUUGGACAUUUUAUAUUCAAGUGAUGACAUUUGAUCAAGCCAAGAAAUAUAAAUAUAAUCCCUUCGACGUAACCAAGGUCUGGAGUCACGCGGAUUUCCCGCUCAUACCAGUUGGAAAGUUAGUGCUCGAUAGAAAUCCGACCAACUAUUUUGCCGAAGUAGAGCAAAUUGCCUUCAGUCCAGCCCAUUUGGUUCCGGGUAUCGAACCAUCACCCGAUAAGAUGUUGCAAGGACGACUUUUCUCAUACUCCGAUACCCAUAGACAUCGCUUAGGACCGAAUUAUUUGCAGAUACCAGUUAACUGUCCUUACCGUGUUAGCGUAAAGAACUUCCAGCGCGAUGGUGCGAUGCGUGUUAAUGACAACCAAGGUGGUGCUCCUAACUACUUCCCGAACUCAUUCUCUGGCCCUGAUGAAAGUGCUCGUGCAAAAAGCCUGAUGCCGUGUUGCCCUACACAGGGUGAUGUGUAUCGUUUCAGCAGUGGCUUCACUGAAGAUAACUACAGCCAAGUUACCGAUUUCUGGGUGUAUGUCUUGGACGAGAAAGCUCGUCAGCGUCUAGUAGCUAAUAUUGCUGGUAAUUUAAGCAACGCCAGUCAGUUCAUUCAAGAGCGCGCUGUUAAGAACUUCACUCUGGUUCACGCAGACUUUGGAAGAAUGCUUACUGAAGCCCUAAGUUUGGCUAAAUCUGCCAAAAUCUAAAGACGCUCUUUACCUAUAAUACUUGAUAA